AUUGAUCAGCUCUUAAAUAUUUGGAUGGAUAUUAUUGAGCACACUCAAGAAAGAGAUGAAUUGCUUCGCAAACCUUUUCUCGCUCGUGUUCAGGCAAUUAUCUCGGCCGGAGAUGCAACAGAUUUAGCAAAAUGUCUUGACAAAGUGCCUGUUGAACUUCGAAAUGAAGUUGCUGAGGCAUUCCAUAUACGAGCUAUACAAUUAUUAGGAAAUGCAUAUCAUGAAUGGAAUAAACAAAAUUCAAAUUCAAUUCAAAAUAUUUUAUUGAACUCUCAACUUAAUUGGACUAAGAAAGAUUUCCUUGAAACACUUCGUCGAGUUUCGUUAUCAUCAAAGGUAAAUUUAUUGAUGAUAUUUCCAAAACUUCUUCAUUUUUGGUUUAAAUUUGAUGAUGUAAAAGAUGAAAUGUCCGAAAUAAUUCUUGAAAUAUGUAAUCAAUGGUAUCAACAAUUUUUGGAUCAUUUUAAUGACAAUACAUCAUCAAAAACAUCCUUUGAUGAUCGGAAUUUCGCUUAUGCUGUUUUCGAUAAUUUAUCACAUAUUUAUCCAAUUAUUGGAAAUCAUCACAAUAUUUUUAUGCAAUUAAUUAAUAUUGCCAUAGAUCGUGUUAAACAGUGUUCAGAAAAUCAAAUUUUAAGAGCGACAUCUCUUAUUAUUAAGACGGAACCCAAUAUUUACAUGCAUUAUGGUGAAAUGAUCAAGGGCAUGUUAAAGAAUUCUGUUAGAGAGGCAGACGACAAUCUUUUAACAAAAAUGCAAUAUAUAUGUGGUUGUAAUUCAAGGGUUCUUAACAUACCUCAUGAAUUAAAUGAAGAAAUUAUAUGCUAUAUCAUGGAGAGAUUACAAAAGAGUUACCCAAUUUCGUAUGAAAAUAUAACCACCACUGCAAUAUCUUUACUUCGUUCUGCAAAGUUUUGGAUAUUACUUCUUCAUGCAACCGGUCAUGUUGAACAAUUGAAUAAACAUCAAUAUGUAACUCAAGCUAAAGAACUGAUACUCAAAUUUUCUGAUAUGAUUAAAAAUGAAUCUAUUUCUAUUCGAUACUUGCAAGAACUUUUGCAAUAUGAUAAUGAAACAUUAUACCAAUUUUUUGAUUCUGCUAUUGCUAAAAGGGAUUCUGUCAUAUUAAGUAAAGAUAAUAUAUACAACCUUCGUAAACAAUGUGAAAGUUAUGAACUAAUAUCAGACCAACUUCGAACUUUUUACACGCAAUUUUGUCCACAUGGAAAAGUCAAAGAUGUUCAACAAUAUCUUGAUGAUAUAAAUUCUCGAGCAAAACGAUUACGAAAUACUACACUCAAAGAGUCACAAGCACCUGAUCAUUGGGAAUACCACAAAAAAACCAGAGUUGCUGCGGAACGUGUACACAAAGCAUCAAAAUCUCAAACGUUCCGUAACAUUUUUGAGAAUAUCAUACAAGUCAAAGAAGAUUUAACAGUAGAAGCAGUUGCACAGACUUUAAUUCCACAAGUGUUUGAGGAAUAUAAGAAGUUAUGUCUUGAAUACAUAAAAUGGGAGGAACUUGUAUGUUCUAAGGGCAGCAUUUUGUGGAAGAAUGUUUCAAGUGUAAAUCAUGAACUUGAUAUUAUGGAUAAUUAUAUAAAAAUGGAACGAAAUCAAAAAUUACUUGAUACACUCGCUCAUCUUUCUCAAUUUCCAAAGCAAAUUGAAAGACUCAAACAGUUAGCAGCAGUUGUAACAAUUUUCAAAGUUACUCAUACGAAGGACGAUUGGCUUGACAAAUUGAUUAAAUUCUUUAACGGAGAUUACCUGUGGCUAGGAAAAUUGAAUGAUUUUUUUGACAAAUAUUUUAAUCAUUUUCUUUCGGCAGUCGAUGAAAAUUGUUGGGAAUUGAUUAAAGAAUUAUCAAAUGCCAGCGACUUUAUAAUAUUUCUUCGAUCAGUGGCAGAACAUGAUAUUAAUUAA